UUGUCCCCAAAAUUUUCUUCCUCCUCAAAUAAUUGAAAAUACCCAAUUUUCCAUUCAUGAUAAUAUCAACAAUCUUUUUUAUUAAUGUCAUUUCUAUUUCUUCUUUCAAAACUUCAAUUUAACUUCACUAUUACAACAAGAAUCUUUUCAAAGAACUUGGUGUUUUGAAUGGCUCAGUUACUAUCUCCUGUGUACACAGAGGUUCCCAAAAUCCACAACCCAUCAUUGAAUUUGUAUUCCAGAAGCAUGUGGCGCAUGCUGCCACAGACUUCAACUACCUUUGCAGCACACAGUGGCAAACGAAAGGGAUUUGGCAGGGUGAGAGUUGCUACUGAGGAAUCAUUUUCUCCUAUUAACGCUGCUGCAGAUGACUAUUAUGCAGUUUUGGGUCUGCUUCCGGACGCCACACCAGCGCAGAUCAAGAAGGCAUACUACAAUUGCAUGAAAGCUUGCCACCCGGACUUGAGUGGCGAUGAUCCUGAGACUACAAAUUUCUGCACCUUCAUCAAUGAAGUCUAUGCGGUGCUCAGUGAUCCCGUUCAGCGGAUGGUUUAUGAUGAAAUUCAUGGGUAUUCUUUGACUUCAAUCAAUCCUUUCCUGGAUGAUAGCCCAAAGGAUCAUGUUUUUGUUGAUGAAUUCAGCUGCAUAGGCUGCAAAAAUUGUGCCAAUGUAGCAUGUGAUGUAUUUGCAAUAGAGGAAGACUUUGGAAGAGCCAGAGUACAGAACCAAUGUGGGAACCCUGAACUAAUUCAACAAGCUAUUGAUAGCUGCCCUGUUGAUUGCAUUCAUUGGACAUCAGCUGCACAGCUAUCAUUACUUGAAGAUGAAAUGCGACGUGUGGAAAGAGUCAAUGUUGCCCUAAUGCUUUCUGGGAUGGGAUCAGCAUCGAGUGAUGUUUUCAGAAUGGCAAGUUCCCGAUGGGAAAAGAGGCAGGCAAAAGUCUUGGAUCAAGCAAGACAGAGAAUGAUGAAGCAGAAAGGCUCCGAUGAAACAGAUUCAUACUGGGACAAUCUUUGGGGCAAACCGAGAGACUACCAACGUUCAGAAGAUGAAGUGAAAGAAAGAGCAAAAAGAGCUGCUGCUGCUGCUAGAAGAUGGAGGGAGUACUCAAGGAAGGGUGUUGACAAGCCUCCCACAUUUAAACUUCCAGAGGCAGCCUCAAGCAAGGACAAGUGACCCCUAUUUCCCUACACAUCUGGUCCCAUGUAAUUAAUUCAUCCAUAGUUUGUCACAUUCCAUAAUUGUAUAUGCAAAAUUCUAAUUUGGGUAAAUAUAACACAUGAUUUAUAAAUUUUAUAAUCUAUACAGGGAUUAAUCAUA